AGAGCCGGGGAGCUGCCGCCAGGUCCGCUGUGGGUCCACGCCGCCCGCCGCGCCGCCCGCCCGCCAGCCCAGCGUCCCCAGCCGCCGCCGCCGUCGCCGCCGCCAUGGGAGUGCAGGUGGAGACCAUCUCCCCCGGAGACGGGCGCACCUUCCCGAAGCGCGGCCAGACCUGCGUGGUGCACUACACGGGGAUGCUUGAAGAUGGAAAGAAAUUUGAUUCCUCCCGGGACAGAAACAAGCCCUUUAAGUUUAUGCUAGGCAAGCAGGAGGUGAUCCGAGGCUGGGAAGAAGGGGUUGCCCAGAUGAGUGUGGGUCAGAGAGCCAAACUGACCAUCUCCCCAGACUACGCCUACGGUGCCACCGGCCACCCAGGCAUCAUCCCACCGAAUGCCACCCUCGUCUUUGACGUGGAGCUUCUGAAACUGGAAUGACAGGGACAGCCCCCCUCGAGCCCCCUGCGCCCCGUUCUUGGAUGUGCCGUGGAGGGAUGUGGCGCCUCCAGAUGCGCACACGCGAAUCCGUAUGGAGCUUCUCCUGAUGUUCCACUACACUCUUUGUAUAAACAUCGACCCCGACUGAAUGUGUUGUCACCCGGCUUCGCUCUUUCCCUUUCUCCUCGUAUGUGUGUUGACCUAAACUAUAUGCCAUAAACCUCAAGUUACUCAUUUUAUUUCGUUUUCGUUUUGGGGUGAAGGUUCAGUUUCAGUCUUUUGGAUCUAGGUUUCCACUUAAGUAUUAGUCAAGUAUUAACAGCACAAGUAAUGGGUUAAUUUUAGAAUAGGAAUUGGUGGGGGUGGGGGGGGGUUGCAAGAAUCUUUAUUUUAUUUUAUUUUUUUUUUUUGGAUGAAAUUUUUAUCUAUUAUAUAUUAAACAUUCUUGCUGCUGCGCUGCAAAGCCAUAGCAGAUUUGAGGCGCUGUCGAGGGCCGAAUUAUCUCCAAGUUGAGAGAUGUCCUUGGGUUGAAUUAAAAGCCCUACCCAAAACUGAAAUGGGGAGGGGGAGGAGAGCCUUUGCCUCCACUGCCCUGCCCCACCCUCCCCUUAAACCCUCUGCCUUUUGGAAGCAGAUGGUUCUCACUGCGAUGUUGGACACUACAGGUAUCUGUCCCCAGGCCAGCAGGGACCUCUGAAGCCUUCUUCGUGGCCUGGCUUCCCCCCCCCCCCCCGUCCCCCCUGCCCCUCCAUCCUGUGGUUUUUCUAACGGAUAUUCAGGACUUUUGUAAUCUCAUAGCUAUCCAAGCUCCACUUCCUAAAUUUUAAGAAACUUUAAUCGAAAGUUUAAAUUGAAGGUGCUGUUUGUAGACACUUAACACCCGAUGAAAGCCCAGCCAUCAUGACAAACCCUUGAGUGUUGUCUUGAGAAAAAUGAUGCUGGUCAUCACAGCUUCAGCAUCUCCUGGUUUUUGAUGUGCAGCAUUGAUGUUCAGCUCCCCCUGCUGAUCUCAGAGUUUCCUGCCUUUUCCUCCCCCCUCUCACCCCUUUGCUGUCCUGUGUAGUGAUUUGGUGAGAGAAAUUAUUGCUGCCUAUCCCCCACCCCCACCUCCCUGCACUAUGUAUAAGUUUCAAGUUUUAUUAUUGCAAUAAAAGUGCUUUAUGCUGGCUUUUCUCA